ACAUGUUUCAGUAGAUUUUCAGUCGUGCCCCGUGGUCAACGCUUCGUUUAGCAUGGAUUUCCGUUUUUUACUCGUUUUUAGUUGGUUUUAGUUGCAAAAGUUGCUGCAAUUUGUAGAACUAGCACAGGAAAAACAAUGAAUAGUGCAGUGGUUGAAGAGAAUGGUUUGAACCCGACAGUUUCGAAGUGAAAAGUGUCCACUUUCUUUGUUUCCGGAUUUCCGACGAUUUUUUUUUUUAUCAAGAGUUCGGGUUUCUUUUCACUUUCCCCCUCCUGCUACCGUGAGUGAAUCGAGUGAACGCCCCACGACGUGAACCGGAGUUGUUUUUGUUCAUUCGACGUACACAAACGAACGUGCGGCGGAUUCGAAGCGAUUUUUUUUGUGUCCCGUCCGCCCUCAACAAGCAGCGAAGCAAGAGGAAGCAGUUUUCGACGGAUUUGUGCUGUGGAGCAAUCAGUGCUGUUUUCUACGAUCGCUGGUUAUUAAUCAUUCAUUCGCGGCUGAGCCGUUCAAGUGCAUAAACCUACGCAAGCCAACCCAGUGUUUAGUGGCGCGAUAGUUUAGUUCUAUUUUUGCUCCUACUGCCGGAUUGAUUUGGCCGGACAAUUUGCGGCCAUCAGGAUGAGUUUCAGCAGCAGCGUUAGCUUGCCGGGGUUGGGCGAAAUGGAGCAGAUCAUUUGCAGUCUGGAGCGGGGAACGCUAAUCCAGAAGUUCUACCCCAGGCGGAAACCGGAAAAGAAAACGUUGAUGCUCCGUCGGGAGACGCGACAGAUAACGUGGUCUUCGCCGUCGCAAAACAGUCGAGCCAACUUCGAGGAUUUUUUGGAGCUGCGGGAAGUGAAAGAAGUACGUCUCGGUAAAAGUUCAAAGGAUUUCGAGAAAUGGCCCGAAGAGACGAAGAAAAUCGAACUCCGGAAGUGUUUCGUAGUAUUUUACGGCAGCGAAUUCAAACUUCGCUCACUCUCAGUUGUUGCUCUCUCGGAAAAAGAAUGCGACAUGUGGAUAAAGGGCCUAAAGUACAUGGUCGCUGACACAAUCAAUGCCCCCUACUGGCUCCAAGUCGAAAGGUGGCUCCGAAAGGAGUUCUACGCUAUGGAGAAUCCUCGUGAAACCGUAACGUUGAAGGAGGUCAAAUCAUUCCUGCCAAAAGUGAACUGCAAAAUAACCACCGCCAAACUGAACGAAACCUUCCACGAAGUGGACUGUCGACGCCGGAACGAGCUCGGUUUCGACGACUUUACGCGGCUCUAUCAGAAGCUCAUGACAUCGCCCAACACUGACUAUUUCGAAGGGUCCAUGCCGUGCUCAAAUGGACAAACCGUGACACUGAAAGAAUUCCAAAAAUUUCUCCUGAAAGUACAAAACGAUCCGCUCGGAAACGACGAGAAGGCGACCUCCAAUUUCAUCCGGGAGUACGUUCAGGACCCCAUUCGGGACGUGCAAGAACCCUAUCUGAAGAUUCAGGAGUUUAUAGAUUUCCUAUUUUCAAGGCAAAACGAAGUGUGGAAUAGUGACUGCGAUCAAGUCUACCAGGACAUGAAUCGACCGCUUGCCCAUUACUGGAUUUCAUCGUCGCACAAUACGUAUCUUACGGGCGAUCAGUUCUCGAGCGAAUCUUCAGUAGAAGCGUACGCCCGGGCCUUGCGUAUGGGGUGUCGCUGUAUAGAACUUGACUGCUGGGACGGACCCGAUAACAUGCCACUGAUCUUCCAUGGCCACACAUUUACAACGAAAAUUAAAUUUAAGGACGUCAUUAAAACAAUCAAAGAACAUGCUUUCGUUACCUCAGAAUACCCGGUGAUACUGUCGAUAGAACAAAACUGUUCCUUAACGCAGCAGAGAAAGAUGGCCUACGCAAUGCAGGAAGUGUUCGGCGAUAUGCUUUUGACGCAGCAAGUGGAAAAGAAUGAGCUACAGCUACCUACUCCGUACCAGUUAAGGAGAAAAAUUAUUUUAAAACACAAGAAGCUCCCGGAGAAUGGGGGGAAGUUUGAGGAUGGUGCAGUGCCGAAUGAUGGGGCCCUAGUUAGGGCUGACGAGACUGAGCUGGAUAUUAGGAAUACCGUGAAAAAUGGUAUACUGUUCCUUGAGGAUCCCGUGGACAAGGUUUGGAAUCCGCACUUUUUUGUCUUGACGCAGAACAAACUGUUUUACACGGAUAGUCAAAAAACGGAGCGGGAAGAUGUGCGUGAUGACGAGUUUGAGAGUAGCUUUUCGAGGCCAAAGGAAAGCGUAACGAAUGAUGAGUUGCACUUUGGAGAAAAUUGGUUUCACGGCAAACUGUCCGGCGGGCGAGAGGAGGCCGAAAAUCUCCUGCGCCAGUAUGCUCAUCUUGGUGAUGGAACAUUUCUCGUCCGCGAGAGCGUCACAUUUGUCGGAGACUAUUGCUUAUCGUUUUGGCGUCAAGGAAAGCCUAAUCAUUGCAGGAUUAAGCUCAAGCAGGACAAAGGGGUAACGAAGUACUAUUUGAUGGAGAAUAAUUUGUUUGAUAGUUUGUACAGCCUAAUUAUCUACUACCGCCAGAAUCCUUUGCGAAGCUCAGAAUUUUACAUUACGUUGAAGGAGCCUGUUCCACAACCAAAUAAGCAUGAAAGUAAAGAAUGGUACCAUCAGAACACCACACGGGAGCAAUCUGAAAUCAUUUUGCACCAGAUCCAGACCGAUGGAGCGUUCCUAGUCAGGCCCAGUGAUAAAGGACCCAAUGCGUUUGUCAUUUCAUUCAGAGCUCAUAAAAAAAUAAAGCAUUGUCGGAUUAAAGUUGAAGGACGACUGUACGGAGUCGGCGGCAUGGAUUUCGAAAGCUUGAUAGAUCUUGUCAAUUUCUACAUGAAACAUCCUCUCUAUAAAAAGGUCAAACUAACGCAUCCGAUUCCCAAGGAUAUGCUGAAACGCAUCAACACUAUGAAUGGCCCGGAGGACAACGGUGCGUACAGCUAUAUGGAUCCUUCGUGCAUCAAUGAGAAGGUCACUGUCAAAGCUCUUUACGACUAUAAGGCUCGAAGGGAAGACGAACUAUCGUUUUGUAAGCACGCGAUCAUCACUAACGUGAAGAAAAGCAACGAACAGUGGUGGACGGGAGAUUACGGUGGCAAGAAGCAGCAUUAUUUUCCCGCCAAUUACGUACAAGAGAUUAGUACCUCAGAUGGCAAUAGUGAUGACAGUGGUAGUGACUGCCUAAUGCUAGGAAGUCUACAAAAAGGAUCUCUGGAUGUUCAUGGAGCGGUAGUAGAUUUAACGUACGGCCCUAUGCCAGAGUUGGAACGGGUCCUGCGCAUACAAAACCCAUCAAUGCAGAACGUUUUUGAAGUUGGAGUACAAACCCAGGCGCAAGCCAUCGAAUGGAUGUGCGCCAUUAAGGAAGCUGCUCAAAAUGCCAGCGCUUUGGAGGACGAACGUAAAAAGAUGGAACGCAACUCUCGCGUUGCUAAAGAAAUGUCCGACAUGAUAAUCUACUGUCGAAGUGUUCCGUUCAAAAACAGCGGCUGGGUGUUCUAUGAGAUGUCCAGUUUCCCCGAAACGAAGGCGGAAAAAUAUUUUCUGCAACAGGAAACAAAACUGUUUGUUCGGUAUCAUCGCAAUCAAAUUAGUCGGGUUUAUCCAAAAGGUCAACGAUUGGAUUCUUCCAAUUACAACCCGGUUCCGCUGUGGAACACAGGAUCUCAAAUGAUUGCGCUGAACUACCAGACGCCCGACAAAAACAUGCAGUUGAAUCAGGCUAAAUUCCGCGACAACGGAGCAUGUGGUUAUAUAUUGAAGCCGGACUUCAUGUUUAGAGAUGAGUUUGAUCCUAAUGAUCCAAACACUUUGAUCGGUGUAGAGGAAAAGGUGAUCGAAAUACGGAUCAUCGGCGCAAGGCAUCUCUGUAAAGGAGGCCGAAACAUUACAAGUCCCCUGGUGGAAAUUGACUUGAUUGGUGCGUCUUUCGAUAGCGGCAUAAAACAUCGAACCCGAGCAGUAGCUGACAAUGGAUUUAAUCCUAUAUGGGAUGAAAUUUGCGAAUUCCGUGUUAUCAAUCCAUACUUUGCAUUGUUACGGUUCGAGGUGCAAGAUGAAGACAUGUUUGGAGAGCCUAACUUUAUAGGCCAAGCAAUCUUUCCGGUAAAUGCAUUACGCACAGGUUAUCGAAGUGUUCCAUUAAGAAAUAAGUACAGCGAGGAGUUGGAGUUGGCAACCCUGCUUGUUCACAUAAGAAUCCGUACACAAGAGCAGAACGGCAGCGAAAGGUUGAGUUUGCUAAGCUAAGAUCGUAGUCAAUUGUACGAUAAGUUUCACUGUCGAUUGUUAAGCAUAUAACAGGUGAAAUGGUAAUUCACUGGUAAUUAGAAAGACUUCAUAUGGCAAGUAUUAUUUAUUGAUGCUGCAUUUUAAACGCAACAAACCCCAAACAAAUCAAUGUUUAAAAGUGCCUAAUUAGUCUAACUGAACCCCUUUUUAAGCCUAAACAAUGUAUGUUUUUGAUUGCUGAUGAAUGUAUGAAUUUUUGUACUACGAGGUUUUACACUACACCUCCAAGAGUGUUAAUGUUUAUUAGUUUAUAAAUGUUGAAAUGGAGUAUAGGAUUUCUAUAUAUGAUAUGUGUAGUGUCUUAAUGAUGUAUUUAUGAAAGUUUAAUGUUUUGAAUAAAUGAUUUAUUC